AUUGGGAAAGUGCCGACACCGCUUGCGUCAGCGUGUGGACAGCACGCUCUGUUAAAGUUUUACCAGCGGCUUCUUGUCUUCGUUUAAAGUCAUUACUUUCCUACUUUUAAAACCAACCGUUGACCCCAGCAUAGCGGAGUAUCUCCUCACGACCAGAUGAAGCUGUUUGUAAGUGAAGGCAACCCGCACUGCCUGAAGGUGUUAGCUGCUUUACAAGUGAGCGGAGUUCAGUGCGACGUUCAGUAUGUCAACCACGACGGUAAGAAAAGCAUGGUUAGCUCAACAUUUAUCACCUUAAACUAACGCUACAUCUGCUGUUAGUUUAGAAAUGAGGUGACAUACCACCUUAAAGAGGUUAAAGUCAAGUUUGAACUGAGUUUGUCUCAUAACUGACGGCCGAACAGCUGAUUAGCUCAUGUUAGCUAGCCGGUUCUUGUUUACCUGCCAGAGCUGAAAAGGCUGAACAGUUCACAACAUGUGUCCCAGUGAAGAAGCUAGAAAACUCUCUGACUCUGUUUCACUCCUUUCUAUUCUUGUUUUUGUUCAGCUUGUUUGUGCUGCAUCGUGUAGGCUUUGUUAGUCGGUGCAAAACAUGAGGUUGUUAAGCUUCUACCUGUAGGGGAGACCGGGGUAAGAUGAGCCAGAGGGUAAGUUGAGCCACCCCCUGUUUCUUGGAAAUGGUCAGAGAAAUUGAUCAUGUGACCAAAUAUGUAGGAGAUGGGCAUGGAGUCUGUGAAGGUUAGAAGCACAUGGGUGAAGGGGUUAGACAUUUAUUUACAACAAAAAAAUAAAAAUUCAUUCUUGAAAGUGAAUUUAGUCUGUCAUAAGUUUUUAUGAGAAUUGUGUUCAGACCACAAAGAUCCUUUUAAAUUUGUUUUAUCCAUCAAUUGUGGUAUCUAUGAGCUACAACAUGAGGUCAAAAACCUAACAGAAAAGUCCACCAUUUUAGCUUAGAGGACUAAUAAUGUUGAGCUAUACAGGGGCUCCACAAGGGAGGGUGCUGGCGCCAUUCCUGUUCACACUGACUGUACACGUCAGACUUCAAAUACAGCACUGAGUCCUGCCACAUCCAGAAAUAUUCAGAAGAAGAAGAAGAACUUUAUUGAUCCCCGAAGGGAAAUUCAAUUGUCUGUUGUCUCACAUAAUAUGUCUGUAAAUGUUAUCUACUAUUUACAUAAGAGUUAUAAAGCCUGAUGGCUGUUGGUAAAAAAGAUCAAUAAGAUAAAUAAAGCUUUCUGUCCUGUAGCGAAGAGAGACGAGCCGUCCAGCACCAUUGGCCCUUUGGCUAGAGUCACAAAAACUGCCUCCUCCUCAACACCUCAAAGACAAAGGAGAUGGUCAUAUACUUCCGUAGAUCCAAAACCCCUCUUCAGCCAGUGAACACCUGUGGAGUGGACAUCGAAGUGGUGACAUCAUAUGAAUACAUCUGGUGUAAAUCUGGAUAAUUAGUUGGACUGGUCUAAGAAUAUAGACUUCAUCUACAGAAAGGGGCGGAGCCGCCUCCUUUGCCUGAGAAAACUCCAAUCAAUAGACAUCUGUGGUAAGAUGCUGCAGGUGUUUCAUCAGUCUGUGGUGGCAAGUGUUCUGUUCUACGCUGCAGUCUGCUGGGGAGGAAGCAUCAAACACAAAGAUGUAAGGCGUCUUAACAAACUGGUGAAAAAGGCUGGCUCUGUGGUAGGACUCAAGCUGGAUUCAGUGGAGGAUGUGGUGGAGACUAUUCUAAAGAACAUGGAUCACCCACUUCACAACACCUUAAUGGACCAAAGGACCAAUGGUGGUGGACGGCUCCUCUCUCUUCCCUGCAGGACAGAAAGAUUCAAAAGAUCUUUUGUACCAACAGCCAUCAGACUUUAUAACUCUUGUGUAAAUAGUAGAUGAUUUUUAGAGACAUGUCAAGUGAGACAACAGACAGUUGAAUUUCCCUUUGGAGAUUAAUGAAGUUCUUCUUAUUCUUAAAUAGUGUUUAAUAGAUAAAAAUACACAUGACCAUGAAGGAGUCAACUUACCCCAUACACUGGUUAAGUUGACCAUAGGAGACCACUUUUUUUGGCAUGCUACAUUACCAAGACAGUUAUGUUUACACUCAUUCUGUUGGUUUGCAGGGAUGACCAACAUCUUAAAAUAUAUGCAGAUACACUAGUUAGAGACAAAACUAUGAUUGACUUGAUGUAGUGAUCCGAAAUAUGAAAAAUGGCUCAUCUUACCCCACUCUCCCCUAUACUGCUUGACUCUGAUUCGUGAUGCAUUUUGAUAUUAACACUUGUUGCUUUUUCAGGCAGUCGAGGCUGUCAUCACCAUAAGACCUCGAAAGAUAACUUUGAAUCUAAAAAAUGUAAACUACAGAUAGAAAAGACGAGUUAAUCACACAUGUUUGGACAGAAAAUGGUGGGAGACGAUGAUCAGAUGAUCUAGACAGUUGUGGAGCAGAUGAUUCACUAUUUGUUUCAAUUUAUUUCCUUCGUGUUUCAACAUGCCCCUCUUUCAUAAUCUUGUAGUGCUGUUCACAUUGCGUCCAAACAAACAAACACGGUGUUUGUUCUUUCUCCACAGAGAGAGUGGUGCCCUUCCUCAGCCGUCCAGCCCUGCCAGCUCUGCUCCUGCCCAGUGGACUGCACCUUUUCAGCUCCAAUGCCAUCUGCCGGUCAGUCGACUUUAAUCCUCUUGCACAGUCAUCUAUAAAUGCCAAGUGUGUUGUGGUGAGGGUUGUUCAGCCCUUUUUUGUCAUAACUUUUUUAAACAUUAAGGAUGACUUCAACAGCAAAAACAGGUUAUAAGUCAUCUCAGUUGCAGAUAAGUUUUGCUGUAAGCCCUUGGGUUCCUUACUGUGAGUCAAAAAAUUAGAUUUUUCUCUUACAAUGUAUCUGUGUAUCAGCAGAGAUGUCUGAGACAGACAUCUGUGGAAUCUUGAUACCAAUUGAUUUAUACUGAGCGACAUGUCCAUCCAUUCGCUCUAUCAGCAGCCAAGCAGUGUUUCUUUUAUUUCAUUGUGGUGUCAUAAAAUUUUAACGGCAUAUGUAACUGAUGAAUCUGAGCUCAGGACCCCUUUAGCUUUUGUUUAUAUGACGUUUACAUUGUUUUAAACGUUGGGGGGUACACUGUAACCAUCUCAUGAAUAUGGAUCUCGUCUGCAGCAGAUGCAGUAUUUAUAUUUCGUAUGUGUUUAUUCGCCCAUAUCAGAUGAAACUCCUUUUGAAAGCAAGAAUGCUGCAACUGUUUGACUUUCUCCUUUCUUCUUUUCCUUUUUAACAUCUUAGAUAUCUGUUUGAAGUAAGUGGACAAGACUGCAGCGAACUGUGCGGUCAGUGGCUCGAAUGGGAGGCCACAGACCUUCAGGUACACUUAUCAAUAAUCUGUUGUUCUUUUUUAAGCAGCUAAUAAUCAAUUCAUGCUUUUGUGUGUGGUGUAGAACCAUCUUACUCCCCUUCAUUGUGUUAAAAAAAAAGUCCAUACAGCUAAAUGAUUAAAGCUGCAUCCUUUUAGAAGAACAAUAUACAAGGAGAAUCAAUCAUCCAUCUCUGCAGAGUUCAAGGAAAUGACCUCUUUAACCUCAGCGCAGCGUCUUUGCUGUACACUUUGAUCUGAUGUCAUUCAAUCAAUUUUAAUUAAUCUCUGUUUUGUCUUCUGCAUGCAGCCCGUGCUGCUGCAGGCUCUUCACACGGCAGUGCUUCAGGGAAAAGGAUCAGAGGUGUCCCAGGUCCUCAAGGGAUCCCUCAACCACUUGGAGCAAAGCUUGAGCAAAGGGAACACGCCAUACUUAACUGGGGUACAGUAUUAAUAUCUCAAUUUUUCUCAUAAUCUCAUGAAUUUUCCUGGUAUCGUGUGAACAUAAUUAUAAGAUAAAGACAAACAGACUAUAUGAUCAAGUCAAAAGUUCAUGAAGCCUCUUUUGAAGCUCAGCUGAGCUUAACUGAGCGUCUCCUCUGUGCCAAAUUUGGCUCCCCGGGCAACAUUUCUGUUUUUUGUACUCUUUCUUUUUUUUUCCAGCUGCUGAUGCUGAGCUAGUGUUGCAUUUUUAAAGUUAAAGCAAUUUAUCUGGAGAGGAGGUCCCCUUUGUUGCAGAUGUGUCUCAGUGUGGGUGGCAGAAUGAGUGGGUGAGGGGGGUGUACAUCCUCUAGGGUACUCUUGGCCCCUGUGGCAAUAAGUCACCUGUGUCUAUCAUAUUUCACAUGCACAGAAAUAUAUUUUACUGAGUCUCUUGGUGAUUGGCAUGGCUCGAAGGAACCUGUCACACAGUCCAUAUUUAGUGAGCAUUGAACGCAGAAGUUUCGUGGUAAAGGGUCUCCCUCUGGGCUUCACUGUGGGUGAAAAGUCACAGCAGGUCCUCCGCCUUUUUCAGGGAUUUUAGAACAACAAUAACGGAGCGAUGAAAAAGAUUCAUGACAAGAGUUUGAAUGUCCUAAAAUAUUGAUUAAACUGCUGUUUUCCAGGACGCUGUUUCAGUUGCUGACGUCGUUUUGUGGGCUGCUCUGUACCCUGUUUUAUCUGACUCUUCACUAGCAUUAGGUAAGAGAGUAAAGUCGUACAUUCAUUGUCCAGACCUUAACUUAUCUCCUUUAGAUAUUAACUUUCUCUCCGUUUUCUUUCCUAUUGUCAUUCUAUGAUUGAACUAUCCUUUCUGCAACCUCUCACUGUUCUUCUCUCCUCUGCCCUCUCAUUUCCUCGCCUUUCUUUCUUUUAACAGAUGAACGCAAGUGUGUGAAGACUUGGUUUGACCGUGGGGCUGCCACGCAGAGUUUACAGUCUGCUGCUCAGAAAGUGCUGCAGGGAAAAGGCCUGCAGGGCAUGAAGAACUACAUGCAGAGGCAGCCUGCCCCUCAGAGCAGCCAGUGCAGAGACACACAGCCAUGCAACAGCAGCCCUGCUGAGGUACCCGCCAGAUCAUCGGGAUGACUAUUAGACUUAAAGCAUGCUCAGUGAACACAAAAGGAAGCACUAAAAGGAGUGUCAGCACCUAAAUCCACUUGUGCUGGUGCCUCAGGAAACAUGUAUGCCCUGUGAGGUUUCUAAGAAAAGGAGACGAAGCGAGAGCUGCUGUAACACAAACAAGACCUUGCAAGACAUGAAUUGUCGCACUUUUCCUCUCCCAAAUUUCUGUCUUUACUCCACUGUAGCUCUUUCACUCUGUAGUAGAGUUAAAGCAUGCAAAGGGUUGCAGGGCUUGAAUUCACCUCACUUAAACUAAGCAGACAGGGCCCUCUUGUAAAGCAGGCACAGUCUCAGUGUGGGAGUUAACCCAGCUCUGUGAAAGCUACACUAACACCCAUGUUAGGAUAUAGAGCAUGCAGCAUGCAGAGGUUACAUCACUUUUUUAUCCUCCAUUCUCUCUCUGGUGUAAGCAUGGCAGGAUUUAAACACAUGUCAAUCAAACUUUGCAGUAGCCCGUACUGUAAGGAGGUGAGGAAGAGUGUGUGCAUCUCAGAUUCAGAAAGACUUUGGUCGAAGGUUAAAAGUGAGGAAAAAAAGGUCAGGCUGCAGGUUUUGCUUUGUGAGGCCAGGGUUUCUCAAUAACAAUUUAAAAAUGUUGCAAACUUAACAGUAAGAAGGAUACAGCCUCUUCUUUUUGAUGUCGUAGUCCGUAGAAAUAGUAGAUCUUAAAGGGAUAUUCCAGCGUAAAUUUAGACACCCCCUUAAGAGAUGAAUGUCACCGACCGCUUGCUUCUCUAGUUACAACAACUUCAGCAACAACCGCACAAUAGCAAUACGCAGCGGUCUACGUCUCCACGUGCAAACCUCAACCAAAACGCCACUCUAUAGCCACAAAUAAUGCUCAGAACAGCACCUAACUUCAUCAACAGUAAAUAUAGGGUCCUAGCCAUAGUACUAGCCACCAAACAUCUUUUUAGCUUUGCCUGAUUUCUUUAGCAAAGAGACCAAACACAACUCACCCACUCUCCUCCAGCAGCCGCUUGUUUGUGGGGGAGCCCUGACGAGUCAAUCACAGAGUGCGGCAGAAAAUUUACGAUUAUUACUUCACGGAUAUGCAUUCAAGAGUUCUUGUGUAUCUUGUAUGCACUGCAGACGCAGUAGUUCUUCUGCUUUAGCCUCUCAGUCUGAUUGAAUUUCCAUGAAGUAAUGAUGAUACAUUUUCUGCUGCACCCUAUAUGUAAUUUACUGUUGAUGAAGUUAGGUGCUGUUCUGAGCAUUAUUUGUGGCUAUAGAGUGGCUUUUUUGGUUGAGGUUUGUGCGUGGAGACGCAGACCACUGUGUAUUGCUAUUGUGCGGUCGCUGCUAAAGUUGGUAUGACUAGAGAAGCAAGCGGUCGACAACAUUCAUCUCUCAAGGGGGUGUCUAACUUGGUGUCACGGUGUGUUUGACCAUAACUUAAAUUUACGCCGGAAUAUCCCUUUUAAGAAUUUCCCCAACCAGAAAAUGAAAACAUAUCAGGUUUUACACACAGCAUGUUUCAUCGCAGCUCUUUGAGAAUUUCUGAUGGAACAUUCCUUUAAAUGGAGCUUAAUGAUGUUGAAUUCAGGUUUUCAAAGUCCCUAAAGCUUCUCCCUUAUUAAUUACUAAUGAAACAUAGUCUUGGAUUUAACAGCCUUUUGUGUAAAUAAACACUUAGUUCGUUGAUCUAAAAUGAUAAGAUGAGAAAUAAUUAAUGGAUUUUGAAAACCCUCUGUUAGAGAAACGCUAACAGUUGGUCAUAAUGUUGUACUGAACUACAUGAAGCAGUUAGAGAUAUUUACUCUUUUUUCAUACAAGGGUGAGGAGAGUGAGCGUUUGGUCUCAGAGGAGGAGAUGGCAGCAGCAGCUCUCACCUGGAGCACAGGUCUGAGCGACGGCCCGUCCGCUACAAACAGACAGCAUCCUAUGUAAGUGAUUGAGACUGCUGGUUAAUUUGGAGAUACCAAGUGUGUGGCGUACAGUGUGUUUGUGUUGCAGUUUAGGCUGUUAGUCGAUGUUGAAAUAAUUUAUAACCCUUGAGGAGUGAUGAGAUGAGUAAAUCAAGACUUGGAUGUUUUUCAUCUUUCAGUUUGCCAAAAGAAGGCAAGAGAAAUCUCCUGGUAACCAGCGCUCUGCCUUAUGUCAACAACGUCCCCCACCUGGGUAACAUCAUCGGCUGUGUCCUCAGCACUGACGUCUUCUGCAGGUAACAAUUCAGCCCUAAACUCCUCUUACUUUCUGUCAUGACACUAUAAUCCUGAAACCACUUUAACCUGAGUACCAGUAUAUUUAAGAAAUAUUAGGAUGACGUUGAAAUUUGAGGUUGAAACAGACUUCUUAGUUUUAUUAUAAAGCUUUCUGUUUCUUCUUCACCUUGCACAUCUCUCUUUCUUCUUUACACACGCUCACCCUGAUUAUACAAACAAUAUCUUUAGGUUUCUGAUAUAGCUAAGGGAAGGUGCACGAUUUUUUUAAGUGCCAUCUGUCGGUCCACUCAUCUUAUUCUUUGAUGGUGGUAUUCAAGCUGAAAACAAUGUCUUAAAAUUUGAUAUUGUGUCAUUCCCACACUCAGUACAUCUCCCAGUUCUUCAUAAAAACUGCCUCUGUGCACAGAACAGUUUUGACUGUGAACAAAUUACUGGAAUCAUAAAAGUCCAUUUUGUAAUGACCUCCAUUCAGAGAAAAAUUCUAUUUUAUUGAAUUCCUUUAGGUUUUAUUUUUGAGUCUGGUUUGACAGUGAUGCAAACUUCAACCUGACUGGUUGAGGAAUACAACCACAGGGCUGUAAUUCCAGGUCUGUUCUCCUUCCGCUGUUUUUCUGCUUCUUUCUUUCACUUUCCAUCCCUCUGAAAGUACCGCUUAUUCGUCACUGCGCUAAGUCCAUGUGUUUUUUUCCCUCUAAGGUACGGACGUCUGAGAGACUGGAAUGUGCUGUUUGUGUGCGGCACAGACGAGUACGGCACAGCUACGGAGAACAAGGCCAGAGAGGAGGGUCUGACCCCGCAGGAGAUCUGCGACAAAUACCACGCCAUCCACGCCAGCAUAUACAAGUGGUUCCAGAUCGACUUUGAUUAUUUUGGCAGGACAACCACUGUGAAGCAGAAAGAGUAAGUGAAAUCAGAAAGGUAAAAACAAAGUUACAAAAAGAUGAAAUUAGGUGAGGAAAUAACAAAGCCAAAGAAGAAUAUUUACAGAUCUCCAGUCAUGAUCAAGAGCUUACCUCUUGACUCUGCUCCCCUCGUGGUUUAGUUGUGUUCUGACCCUUCUUAGCUUUAGUAUCAAAGGGCAAACACGUUUCUAUACGAUUACUAUACGAUUAUGUAAUGCCGGAUUACUGUAAUCUUGCAGAAGUUACUGGUGAGUAUGUCUAGCCCUCUGAGAGAUUAUCGAGCAGGAUUGUAGAAUGUAGAUUAUUGCUUAUAAAAAUGGAAAUCUUGUAAGAAAAACUUGAUUUUGAUUAUUGACAUCAAAAGAGAUGUGUUGGUUUUUGCACUUCUCACACAUGAAAAAAUCAUAGUUUGUAAAAGUAGAUGAAAAGUCAGCUGAGGAUUCACUUCAGUGUAAUACAGUAAAGAAUUUAUCUCAGAGAAGUUUCACUUUCAUAACUUCAUUUUUAUUUAGUCAGCAAAAAGGAAACAUAUUGGCAGUGUGAAUCUAUGAGAAAUGAACCGGACCUCAUAUGGGAGAGUGAUCCAUUUCAUAAUAUUGAUGUGGUCACUGCGGUCCGAGGUUGAUUUCAUUGUUUCAAAGUUAUGGAUUAGGACUAUAACAGGAAAUGUAAUGAUAAAGAAGGGAUCUCUGUAUGGAUAAGGUGUCAGUUUGUUUUGUUUGUAAGUGUUUGAAAAAGACACGGAAAGAUGGAUUUGUGGUGAGUUUACAGUCUUACAAAUGGAAUCAGGAUACAAAGGAAAGACUCUCCUCUUCAGCAAAUGUGAGACUCGGGUCGUUAAGCUCGUACACAGGGAAGGAUAACAGAGAUAAAAACUGUUGUUUUUGAGCUCUAUGCUUUGAUAGCGGACAACAUAAAAGGCAUCAAACCCUGUGCAUCAGAAGUGCUCUUUGAAAACAGAAAACAGCCUCACAGAUUAAAGACUUUGGAGUUGAUUCAUGAAAAGAGCAUCCGCUGUUGGGUCUCGCAUUUUAGGUUAUCCAACCCACCGCAGAGGGUGACUGUUACUUUAAUCUGUUGAUGUUUGUACAGUUUUACAUAAAAAGGUGCUACAGUGAUACCUCAAACGCUCCUCUUUCCCUUUUCUUGAAUAUUAAAGAGUUUUCUAUUUCUGCUUUCUACUUCCUAAUUGAGUCAUUUAAUCUUGAUAAAUUUCUAGCCAACAGGAAAGGGAAGGUAUCAAUCUGAGGUGGUAAACAAAAAAGCAUCAGGAUCCAUCGAUUUGUUUGUGCCAUAAAACACAGUUAUUAGUUUAAUUAACUGCCCAAAGCACAACCCCAGAACUUUUUUUACUCUUUCAGGAUUGCCCAGAACAUUUUCUGGCGACUCCACGAGCACGGUUUCCUCGUUGAAGACACAGUGGAGCAACUCCGCUGUGAAAACUGCCAACGCUUCCUCGCCGAUCGCUUUGUAGAAGGCAUCUGUCCCCGCUGCAACUACCCAGAGGCCCGCGGUGACCAGUGUGACAAGUGUGGCCAUCUCAUCAAUGCUGUGGAGCUCAGGGUGAGAGACUAUACAACAAUGUUCUGUGUUGCUGAUAAAUAUUGUAGGUAGAAUAAACAUGUUGCAGUUCUUACUCGGUUAGAUAUUGAUUUAUGUUAUGCCCUUUUCUCUUUGUGCUGUUCUUGUACCCAGCUGUUCAGGCAUCCACUUUAGUUAGUGACUGUCUACAUUUCUGAGAAAGAUUUUCUGUCAUUAAAGUUUUAAUUUAAUGAUAAAUUAAUGAAGCAGAAGCAGAUGCUUUAUUUGGGUUGCUGUCUGAACUUUUUUUUGUGCAUAUUUUUUACUAUUUCCCCUGGAUAUGUACAGCUUUAGUUGAAGUGAAACUUGUCUCAUGAACUGCAUUUUUCAGAAAGGUUACAGCUACAUUGAUCGUUUUCUAAUGGCUUUCCCCUCCAGGAACCCCAGUGUAAGGUCUGCAGGCAGACUCCAGUUAUCCGCUCCUCCAAACAUCUUUUCCUGGACUUGCCAAAGGUAUGUUGUCACACUGUACUGAAUUGGCUUAGGUUGGCAUUCUGGAAAUAGAGAGGCUGUUAAUGUGGAAAUAUGGAGGGAGCAUUUACUGGUCUCAAAGAUUUAGACAGAGUCAGCCUGAAGAGAGAGGUACAAGUAUCAAGAGUUAGGCACAAUUCUAAGUCAGUGAGCUUGUGGAAGGCAGUUAACGUUAUGGUGAUUGCAUUAUAUGAUGUCACUGUCCCAUGAAAAACACGUAUCUCCACUUUUAGGGAUCUGGACUUUUUUCAAUACAUGCAUGGCGUAUAAUCUUCCCCAACAACCCGCAGCUUUGGGUAUCCAAAUGGAAAUACAUUUUAUAACGUCAUCUUUUCAACAAGUAUCUCCAUUGGGUGUCUGAGGUGUCAACAAAGCACGUAUCUCCGGCCUGGUCCUGUGUUGUCAUGUCAGCAAACAGAUUUUACACUGUGACAGACUCAUUACAGUCCAGGGUAAUGCUACACUAAUGUCCUCACAUCGACUGAUGCCAACCUCAAACUUUGUUCUUAUCAUGACAGUGUUGAUUACCUGUAUGUUAGAUUUCUUGAGCCGAAGUUCAUCCCGAGAGACAAAGCUGCUGCUGUUUUCUCUCUCACACUCGGUUGCGGACACUAGUUCAUGUUAAAUUGGGAGUCGCGACUCAAAAAAGUUGACAACCAAUGUGCAAUGUGGAAAUGUAGGAUAGCCUGCUAUCAAUAGUUUAUCAACACAGUGGGACAUAAACAGGAUACUAGACGCUCGUAAAUAACCGAACGUCAUGGGAGUGCAUUAUUAAAAAAACACGUAUGUCCACUAUCACUCACAACACAAAGCACACAAGUCCAUUUAAAAUAUCAAACAAGUCACUGAUGACUGUGUAAAUAUAGGUUUGAUUUUGGGUCCUAAUUGUGUCUAAUUACAGUGUUCUGGGUUUAUUCUGUAAGGUGGUUUAUUAAUAAAACCGUUUUUUUAUGUUCCUGGAAAAAAAAACACAUUUUGGAGAUAUGCUUUUUUUUAUUAUUUUUUUUUUUUUUAUUGGGCAACAUCAAUAAACGACUUGACUCAUUUAUGAGCUCUGGUUCACAGCCAAGAUGUUUGGUAUUUUUUUCAGCCUGUUUUUCUCCUUCCUCUUUCCUCUCAUGCAGCUAGAAUCUCAGUUGGAGCUGUGGCUCAAUAAGUCAACCAGCACAGGAGACUGGACAGCAAACGCCAAACAGAUCACUCGCUCCUGGCUGAGAGAUGGACUCAAACCUCGCUGUAUCACCAGAGACCUGCAGUGGGGAAUACCAGUACCUCAUCCUGACUUUAAAGAGAAGGUCUGCUUUUGUCCUCCUGGGGUUCAAGUGUCAUUCUUCACAUGAUUAGGCCUUAUACAGGAGACAUCCAUCUUUGUCUCCUGUUUUAUUAAAGCAUAAAAAUCCAGACUGGCAUACAGAACAUAUACAAAUACAAUACUGCAUUUCUCUCAAUAACAGUACACCUGUAUGUCACUGAGAGAUUCUCGAGGACAUGUCCAAACAUGUUUGACAGCUUCAUUAAGUACACACCUCACAACUUUUCAUACACUGACACCCACAGCAAUUAAAGUAAAAUCACAUUCGCAGUGCUAUCAAGGUCACUGUGCAUCUUGAGGAUUACUCAUGUGACCCAAAGUACAUUUUUGUUUUAAUAAAAAAAAAAAACACACGAUUCGUCUGUUACAACUUUGACUGUCUCUGCAGGUUUUCUACGUAUGGUUUGAUGCCCCUAUUGGUUACCUCUCCAUUACCGCCAACUACACCGACAAAUGGGAGAAGUGGUGGAAGAAUCCCGAUCAGGUAAGUCGGCCCAUUUCUGCCUCCAGCUGCCAAAACACGAGUUGUCAGAAUCUAUGAGCCGUGCAGAGCGGUGACGCACGAGCCGAGCGCAGAUUUUUUUGUCCUCUUCACAACACAGAAUGGGUCUGAUUGCUUUUUUCAUUGCCCCAUCUGUUCUGUCGCUCUCUCGAUUUAAAGGGAGUGUAAUUCCUUGCCUCAUAUAACCCUAAUGUGGAACAGAGGAAGACGUUGCCUCUUUGGUUAUGAGUAAAAAGAGCACAGCAUCAUUGUACUCACAAGUCUCAGCAUUUUCAGCCUGCUAGAGGUUUCUUGUUAUUUGUUCAUGCUGCUGUCAUGAGCUUUACUCAGAGUGGGGGGAAAGCUACAGUAGGUUUCCUCACAUGCAGUACUGAUGCGAACUUGUCUGGUGAGCUUUUUCAUUAACAUUUGUUUGUUUUUGUUAUUUUAAGGGCUAAAACGUCAGCCUUCGGAUUAGAUUAACAGCUUGCUCAUUCUCACUGACUCAUCUUAUCAACAUCUAAAGAGAUGAGAUCCUGUUAUUUGUGUUAUGGCCUGCAUGUGCAGAAAAACUACAGAGAGAGAGAGACAGAGAGAGUGGGGUUGGGGGUUGGGGGAAGCUGAUAAGUCCUCUUUGAACCAGAUGAUCUCAUGAUGAUCUAAUAUGAUGUCAUCCUCACUGUGUAGUGUCAUGUCUCUGCCACCAGGUGGAGCUGUACAACUUUAUGGCCAAAGACAAUGUGCCGUUCCACAGUGUUGUGUUCCCCUGCUCCCUGCUGGGAGCGCAGGACAACUACACUCUGGUCAGCCACCUGGUUGCCACCGGUCAGCACCUUUUCCAUCUUCUGAUUAAUUAUUUAUAAACUGAGUUAUAUUUGUAACUAACUGGGAUUCACACAAUUCUCUUCAUUUUCUAACACUGUUAACCCUCCUCCUGUGUUAGGGUCUGCUCCGAAGAACCACUUAAAUAAGCUUUUGAGCAUCAAGACUGUUUGACUUUGUCAGGAACCUCUAUUUCAACAAAAUAAAAACAAAAACAUUGAAUUGACUAAAUUAUAAAAUGCUCUUAUUAAAGUUAUGGCACUUGUCGUGUUAGGGUCGCUGUUGACCCGGUUAGACCAAUAUCUAAUAAUCAGAGCAAAAACUGAAAUCAUAAGUGCACUGUGAGGCACCGCACUGACAGACAGAUCCUCUUCAAAUCAUGUGAGAUUUAGGAAAUUCUCAUUUUUCCAUGUUUUUCCUUGUGCACAAAAACGUCGGGCAUGUCCAGACAUGCGAGAUCAAUUCAGUCUAGAUGUCUGUAUGAGGGGUAUACUGACAAAGAAAGACUCAGGGGCCCACUACAAAAAUAUUACAAACAAACAAUAUUUUCAUGGAUAAUGAAGCCUAACAAGGUAACCUAGAGAUGAGAACCAAAUUGGAUGAUAGAGAAUUGUUUUUAGUGUAAUUUACAGCUGAUUUAAGACACGGGUCAAAACCGACCCUAAACUUAGUGGGUACGUAGUAAGAGUUAACACAGGAGGAAGGUUAUAACUGUGAUGCAGUUUUCUUGCAUGGCAGUCAUUUUGAACGUUCAUAAAAACUUAAGAUUUGAUUUUAACUUUUGUUUAAAUUCUUCCAAACUCACAGAGUACCUGAAUUACGAGGACACUAAAUUCUCAAAGAGCCGUGGUGUGGGAGUGUUUGGAGACAUGGCCAAGGACACGGGUAUACCGUCCGAUGUGUGGCGGUUCUACCUCCUGUAUGUGCGCCCAGAGGGACAGGACUCUGCUUUCUCCUGGACUGACAUGGCAACCAAGAACAACUCUGAGCUGCUCAACAACCUGGGCAACUUCAUCAACAGGUUGGUGAUGAUCACAUGUUUUAAAAUGGGUUUCGUACUUUGUGCAGGUGUGCCAUUAAGUCAAAGUUAUACUCCUGAGUUCUGCUUUUCCAUUCUCUGAGUGUCUCUCUGUAUUCAACUAUUUUGAAUAGUUGGAGAAAAGUUUCCAGUAAAAUUAAAAAAUGGGACACUCCACUCCAUGAUUUUCACAUCAUGUGCGUAGUGAGUUUCACUCAAAAUGUAAAUUUCCCCCCAAAUUGUCAUCCAGUCCAAUUAUAAAGUUUAAGUUUAUACAUAAAGUUUUCAGAUUGUUGUACUCUUUGAAAAAAGUCUGUUGGAGCAGUAACUAUUACAAGAGGCUCACCCCACUUUUCUAAAUUUGUUUGGGAUGGCGUAAUUUAGCCCCAAUUACAUCGCCUCAGAUGAUUUUUAAAAGAUCAGGGUUAAAUCCCACAUCAAAGAUUUUUCUCAGCAGUUUUUUUUUCUUUCGCUCAAAGUACCUUGAUCUUCAAAAUGAGUUCGGGGCAGCAAUGUUGAUGCCUAAUUGGUAUAAAAAUAUCUUGUAAAUUGCAUUGAGCCUGAGGUGAUGGAGGUAGGAAGAGUUCUGCUUCAGAAAAGAAAUCCUGUCCUUGCCUGGAUCCAUUCACUAAAUCACCACAUCAUUAGCAACAAUGUGUCUGUCAUGUGCCAGCUUCUUUUUUCAAUCAGAUUCAUGAAUUACGCCGUGCUGGGGUUUCCAGCUAAUUGAUGCCCUCAUGCCUAUAGAGACUUCCACAAAUAAGAAGCUCGACUGUUACGUAAAUCUUCCAUAUAUUCUCUACUUUUUUUGAUAAUGAUGAGUCAGUUACUGUAACAGUAAGAAUAUUUUUCUUCAUAUUCCCAAGAUGGAUAAAAACCCCUCAGGGCUUCAUUAAUCAAAGACUGAAACAAAUUAAGAUUGCAGGUCACACCAAGUUCAUGGUGACUCACGCAAACAACAGUUUAGUGCCAUUUUAGUGGCAGUAUUGUUGAAGUAUUUUGGUCUGCUAAGAGGCUGAGAAGGUGUGGAAAAUGUAGAAGAGUUUGUUGCAUCAGACAUGAGAAAGAUCUUCUCUCUUUGAAUAUCCUCCUGACGUUCACGUAUGUCUCUUUGAAGAACACCGGCCAUGGUACGACAUAUAGAGAAGGAAGGAGCUGUGAGGAGGAUCAAUGCAGCUCACUGUUAUGUUAGUUUGAAGCAGCAGAGCGCUGUAUUACAUUUGGCAACAAAAUCUAUAAUUUAUAAACAAUUAGCGAGUCAAGUUACAUGCCCCUCUCUUGUUUUUCCUCUCCCUCCUCCUGUCUCUCUCUCUCUCCUGAUUUCUUUUCCCCUCUAUUCCCACACUUUCCCCUGACCACUAUGGGUUUUUUUUUUUACCUCUCUUGUCGAGACAUUUAUCACUCUCUCUUUCUCUCUCCCUCCAGAGCUGGCAUGUUUGUCACUAAGUUCUUUGACGGCUGUGUACCAGCGAUGGAUCUCCAGCAGGAGGAUAAGAAGCUGCUGGCCCUGGUGGGCUGGGAACUGCAGCGGUACAUCCAGCUCAUGGACAAAGUCAAGUAAGACCCUUUUGAACGCACACCUGUAGGAAAGGUUGAUACGUGGGUUUGAAUGAACAUGAACAAGUUGUUUUUAUAUAUGAUUAAAAGCUGUAGAUAGACAGUGAUAUUUCAGUCCCAAAGUGGCGACUCUGUCACCUUCAGAUGUAUCUUUUAGAGGUACAUGUUGGAAGAUAAAACCAUAUUGUAUCGCAAUAUUUAUAAACAACAUGCAUGAUAGUACAUCUGCUCAUAAUUUCAAUAAAAAUAAAUAACUUGUAAUUCAAAACUUCCAAUUUUCUCCAAAAUUCUCCACCAGAAUCCGUGAUGCUCUGAAACACAUUCUCAACAUCUCUCGCCAUGGCAACCAGUACAUCCAGGUCAAUGAACCCUGGAAGAAGAUCAAGGGAGGUGACACAGAAAGGUGAGCCAGCCUUAACCGACCCGAUAGAAACUGUCCCUCCAUCGGAUCUGUGUUCUGUGCUCUUUUUUUGGGGGGUUUCGUAACGAGACGUAUCACGCUUGAGUCUCAGCCAAUGGAGAGGGGCCGCUCACCUUUGUGAAACAUGACUCCUCCUUUUCGAGUCAUGUAUCUCUGAGCAGAUUUGAUUAACAUUUGAAUUCACGAUCUGUCUGAUGGACUGCUCUCUGUCUGUCCUUUUUUACAGGCAACGAGCGGGCACAGUGACCGGCGUGUCUGUGAACAUCGCCUGCCUGUUGUCAGUGAUGCUGUUUCCCUACAUGCCAACGGUCAGUCAAACAAUCAGGGAUCAACUGAACGCCCCAGAGUCCUGUAUGAGCACCAUGUUGCAAGGCACUGGCACCUUUGUUUGUACCCUGUGUACCGGCCACCGCAUUGGCGCUGUGAGUAUCCCCCUGACACGUGAAGUUCAUACGUGCGCGCACACACACACGCACACACUUCAGAAACCUGUAGAACCUUCUACAUGUUGUCGCUGGGUGAUACAAUGAGGAUGCAAUAGUCUGCCAGUAUUUCCGUUCUCUGGAGGACACACCCACUCGUAAGAGUAACAGCCUCGAUAGGGUUUAGAGGGCUCAGUCUUCGAACAGCCAGUUUCUCUCAGGCCACUUGUCCCCCCUGGCCUAAUUGUGUUGACCAGCGUCUGCAUCAACCUGUCAAAACCACAUUUGCUCUUGUCAUGACUGAGGUGUGGCGGACAAAACAAUUCUAAUACCGCAUUGAAGCACCAUAAUGAACCCUUACGUACCAAAAAAAAACGUAUCUCAUAAUCUUUCCUCAUGUCUACAGUUGUGCAAUAAAAAAGUGUUGUUGAUGGUCAAACUCUUAAAAUCUUUCACACAAAGUUUUCGACUGAAUUAUUUGCGCCUAGUCUUUGUUCAAAGUCCAGCACAGACUCCCGAGGUUUAAUUUCCCACGACGCCGGCUUUGGGCAGGAUCCACAACCGCAACUUUGUAUAUAUUCAAGCGCACACUUUUUGAAUUUCUACUUUUUUGCCCCCCGUGUGUUUUAUCCGCAGGUCAGUCCGUUGUUCCAGAAACUGGAGGUGGACCAGAUCGAGGCUCUAAAGAAGAGAUUUGGCGGACAACAGGUACUUGAUGUUUAUGAUGCCUAAUGGCCCUUGAAUAAGUUCAGUCUACCCCUGUAGAAAUAAAGGUUGACUAUUUAUGAAUUAUGAAAAAAGAAAGAAUUGAAAAUGCGUAGCCGCGCACUCUUCUCCAUCAGACUGUCUGCAUGAGGAAGAAGAAUGUGUAUUUAAAUCAGCUUAUCUGUCUUUUGAGACAUGAGGCAGAACAAGCCAACUGUUAAUGUUUAAAUUGCGUAUUUAGCAUCUGUCAAAUGGAUAUAAAUAAUCUGUCUCAAACCUUCUCCUCAACCGCCUGCCUCCAGCCUGAAGACGAACCCCCUCAAAAAAAGGUAUCGAGCAGUAUUUGUGUGUGAAGAGUCCACACUGGUGCUGUUGUGUCAAUGUUGAUUACUGCAUGCCUUCAUUAACAAAAGCAGCUCAUCUCACGCCCUCAGAUUCUCAGUAUUUACUCAUCGCCGUGUGUCCAGUCCGAUUUCAGUGUCCAUUCACACUUUAUGACUCAUAAAAUCUCGCCGACAUUUUGAGUGAUGAGUGUUAUUGUCUGAAAUGAAGGUGCUCAUCUCCGUGCAUAAUAACCAUCGAAACGCCGAAAAUUCAAACAUUUUUUUUAUCUGUCUGUGUCCACCUUCAGUCGACAGCCCAGAAAGCUGCCGGCACUCAGCCUGCCACCGUGCCAGCUCCUGUUGCUCCUGCUGAGGUAGCGGCGGUGAACGGAGUGGACCCCGAAAAAGCCAAGCAGCUCACGCAGGCUGUGGCUGAGCAGGUGAGAUCGCUGGCUGGUGGCAAGAAAUGAUCUAUCAGCUGUAAACCAAUAUUUUUUAAAUCAUAGACUAUAAGGUAAUCUUUUAUUUGGACAGCACUGCACAGUUCAGAAAAGAAUAGAUUUAAUUCACUGUUAUUUUCUCAAAGGUAGUCCUCUUCCAACCAGAUGAGUUACAUGGAAGUUAUCUUGUGUUACCAGCUGAAACAGUCCUUUAAAAAAUUAAACACACAACAAAUCAUGGACCGCUUAAUGAAGGGUUAAUCUUAAAAGCAACAUUUGAACAGUAUUUUCAGUCAUAAAGCUGUCUGAGCGGAUAGGAGUACUCGUUCGUUCAUAUCGUUCAUACGGAUAUUUAUCAAAAUUGUUCUACUUUGCAAUUCUUGGUUUUUAACUUGAUGUAUUAAGUUCAGGAAUAAAAGCAAAGUUAAAAUUUUUCAGAAUUAAAUAUUAAGUCGUCUGUUUUCCAGACUUGGACAAACGAAAGCCAGAGUCGCCGCCUUUGUUUGUUACGUGCAGCUCAAAAAGAAAGCUGCCAGCGUCUGUGUGUCCAUAUAAGAUGAUCCCUUAAACUGAAGGUAAAUUGAGGUGGGAGAAGUGUGUGUUAACCCUCUUAUUGUCUUUGUCCCAGGGUGAGAAAGUGCGAACGCUCAAAGCCCAGAAGGCGGAGAAGGCCGUGGUUACAGCAGAGGUCGCCAUACUCUUGGACCUGAAGAAACAGCUGGCUCUGGCUGAAGGGAAGAGCCCUGAACCGGCACCCCAGAAAGGCAAGAAGAAGUGAGACAAGAAACCGAGUGAUAUCUAAGUGAUGGAGGUUAGUCAGAGGAAGGGAAGAGAAGAAUGGUUUUAGAUUUGAUAGCGGAGAAUGGGAACAAGAUGUACACACAGUGAGAAAGAUGAGGGUAUUAGCUUAAGGCAAAGCCGUGACUGGAUCUGAGACAAUGUGGUAUUGGCACUGAGGACUAAUGAAAUGCUGGAAAGGCCGACGGGGAAAUGAAAACACACAAAGAGAGAGUCAAAUGAAUACAGCUACAGAAUGGAGGGAUUUUUCCAAAUCCCCACACCAAAAGAAACUGAUUUUAUACUCUCCCCGUGAUAAAGUCAGCAUACGUUAUUAGCGUUGGAAGGUGUGUUGUGCAUUUAAAGAUGUUUUUUAUAUCCCCUGGAAAAUUGUUAUUUUCCAUUUGCUACAGAAAACCCUUUUUUUUUUUCAUGGAUUCAGCGACUGAAGUUUAGUUCAAAUUGUCUGUUUUCUUCCCCUUCCCCUUUUCUCAACUACCUCUCGUUUAGAUAUUUUCUACCCCCCCAAAAAUCCAACAAGUAAUUAAAAUAAAUAAGUAAAUAAACAUGACAUGACACAAAAAA